AUGAGUCCCAGUACUCGCAUCGAUAGCGAGCACUCGACACGAGACCGAGAUCCGUUAGCUUCGCCGCUACCGUCAUCUUCAGAUGAUCACGGAAGUGCUUUGGACACGGACGCUUCGCAAGUCUACAGUCUCUGGCUCGAUGGGGCCGAAGAGCAUCUCAGAGCACCAAAUGGCAGCAACAUGUCCGAAUCAUUUGAGUCGAAUCUGGCAAUAAUUCAACAAGCCAGCGGGGCAUCCUUCAUGGGAUCCGUCGCGAACUUGUGCAGCGCUACGCUCGGCGCGGGAGUCUUGGCCUUGCCGUACGCUUUCUAUCAGGCAGGAAUCGUGUUGGGUCUUUCUUUACUGUUGACGUCGGCUGUUGCCACAGCUGUUUCCAUCAAGCUUUUAGUCCAAGCUUCGGAACACUACCAACUUUUCACCUAUGAAUUAUUGGUCGAAGCCUUGUUUGGCAAGCAUUGGCGAGUUUGCGUUGAGGUGUCGAUUGUUGUUUUUUGCGGGGGAUGUGCAGUAGCAUAUGUGAUUGCUGUCGGCGAUAUCCUCGAACGAUCCAAUCUCCUUUGGUAUAACAGUCGAGCACUAUCCAUGACUGCCGUAUGGAUGACUGCAAUGCUGCCUUUGAGUUUGCUGCGACGUAUGCAGUCCCUUCAAUUUGCUAGUGGGGUAGGAAUUGCUUCCAUCGGGACUCUUGUCUUUGCAGCUUUCAUACAUUUGCUGGAAGGUAAAGGAGCCUCCACAAAUGCGACAAAUUAUACACUGGCUGAAUUUACCUUGCACCGAGCCUCCAAUACGAUGAGUAUGCACAAUGAUUUUGGCGACUUUUUAUGGCCCGCCCAUGGGUCCGUUUCAGUCUUGACAGCCUGCCCUAUUGUACUAUUUGCGUUUAGUUGCCAAGUCAACGUCUGUGCAAUAUACCAGGAGCUCGCUAUUCCGCACAUCCCCGACACCAAUCGACACACUUUGCGACAGGACCGUAUGCGCCUCGUCACAUUGACGGCAGUUGCUAUUUGCGCGACACUUUAUUGCAGUAUCUCGAUUGUGGCAUUGGCCGACUUUGGCAAGGAUGUGACUCCCAACAUUCUUUCCAGCUACGAAAUGCAUGGCAUUAUGCAAGCAGCGGCAGCCUUCAUGGGAGUCGCGGUCACGUUUGCGUUUCCCCUUAAUGUCUUUCCAGCACGGGUUACGCUCCAGGACAUUUUCUUUCCGAAAGUCUUAUUGCACCCGCCUGUGAGAAACGAAACCUUGACAGCGGCAUUAUUAUUGGACCAAGAUGAGGUCACUGAACCUCGCCUUCCUAUGAGUGCCGCUAGAGAUGUUCUCGUUGAUGAAAGCGACGAGAGAACGCCACUACAACCGCAGAUAAAUUUUGCAAAUGGCGAAGGAGGGCUCAGGAAUGAAGAUGGUGCUCAAGUUGACGCGAUCGAGACGCCGUUGGAUGAAGGCAUAGCGUCUCGACCGGCCGGAAUUGAAUCUGAAUGGAACAUGCGACAGCACGUUGGAUUGACGAUAGGGAUUGCUGGCUCGGCAUUGUGCCUAGCCCUUGUGGUGCCCGACAUUUCCGUCGUCUUUGGAGUUUUGGGAGGUACGGCUACCAGCAUGCUUGGGUUUUGCGUACCCGGCGCUCUGGGUGUGCGGCUGGGUCGGGACCUGGACGAUUGGUCCUUGUCAGUGCCUUCGUGGGUACUGUUGAUUGGAGGGGCUGUGUUUGGAACGGUGACGACAGCUGUAACGGUUUGGGACACUUUAGAAGCUCUGUAG